UCAUCUGUGCUUAACUUAUGGAGGGAAACGAUCGAAAAGCUAGUAACACGUUCAACAAUCCCAGGACGUUCAAAAAGACAAACCCUCGAUGACGCACAGUGGAACGAACAGUGGUAUUUAAACGACAUUCACAGCCCCAGUAUGGAUGUGGCAACUGCGUGGAAGAAAGGCUACAGCGGGGCGGGGAUAAAAAUCAUGGUCGUUGAUGACGGACUGGAAACGACUCACACUGAUCUAAGCAACAAUUACGUAUCAAGUUUGGGAUAUGACGUGUUUACAAAAACAACAAACCCGACACCAAACCCAAGCACAGACAGCCAUGGUACAAGCUGUGCAGGGAUCAUAGCUGCCGAGGAUAACAAAGAGUGCGUCAUUGGGAUUGCUUACGGUUCAAAAAUAGGAGGGGUAAGGCUAUUAGCAUCGACUGGACCCACCACUUCUCAAGUGGCCGAAGCGUUGGUUUACAAAAAAGAUGAAAUUGACAUAUACAGUUGCAGUUGGGGACCUGUGGGCGACGGCCAAACAAUUGCUAAACUUAGCACUAUACUAGAACAGGCACUUAUUGAUGGAACAACAAUCGGGAGAAAUGGUCUAGGAGCUAUAUAUUCCUGGGCUGCUGGAAAUGGCGGCGACGUAGACGAUGACUGUAAUUAUGAUGGCUACGCAAACAGUCCUUAUACAAUAGCUGUGACUUCGCUACAAACGAGUUCAGCACCAGCGGGUUACUCAGAACCGUGCUCGGCGCUUAUGUGUGCAACAUACGGUGGCGAUCAUGAAGAUGAUUAUAUUGCAACGACGGAUGUAUCGAAUGCAUGUACAAUAACGUUUGCUGGGACCUCCGCCGCUUGUCCUGUUGCCUCAGGGAUAUUCGCCCUCGUCCUUGAAUCAAAGCCUAGUCUUACAUGGAGGGAUCUUCAGCACAUAAUAGUCGAGACGGCCAAGAACGACCUUCACAAUUCUCACGACUUCUACCUCAACGGAGCUGGAAAAAGAGUGAGCACUACAGCUGGGUUCGGCCUUCUCGAUGCGGAUGCAAUGAUCACCAAAGCUGCAAAUUGGAAGACUGUUCCAGAAAGACUUAGUUGUGAAUCACAGCAGAGUAUUGUGAACAGGGUUGCAGUCGUGGAAAUCCGGAAUACAAUCACAAUGACCGAUUGCUUAAUAGAUUACCUAGAACAUGUUGAGAUUACAGCUAAAAUGUCAACAAACAUUACUGGACAUAUGGAGCUCUACUUAAAGUCACCAAAUGGGGCAAGCUGGACACGCAUCUUAAAACACCGAAACCAGGACACACGUAUUGGAACCCUUGUUAAGCAUAGGUUUAUGUCCGUUCAUCAAUGGGGAGAGGGGGCGAAUGGUGACUGGACUAUCAAACUCUCUGACUCAAACGGUGGACAUGUGUUGGUAUUUUAUGAUUGGAAAAUCAAACUCUAUGGAACCAGCACGGAGCUCGAAGACGACAACGUGAACGUCGGAGCUAUAGUCGGUGGUGUUGUAGGUGGGGUGGCUGUGGUAGGGGGUGUAGUCGCCGUUUUAGGUUACGUGAUGAAGGGUAACAAGGCCACUGCAAGUGUAGCCCCAACUACCUCGUGAGCACAAAUUAACCUCCAUGGGAAACAGAGAUAGCAACAGUUUCGUCGCAAGCUUCCAUGGAAAAGUAAAUUGCAUCUGAAGAAUCAUCAAUUGGACAAAUUGGCGAAUGUUGAUAGUAACUGUCAAUUUUGAUCAUUAUUCAUUCCUUUGUUUGCAUGAUCACUUAUUUUGCCCUUCGGUUUACCAACACAUUUGAUUUUUUCUAUCGAAACAACUUGUUUCUAACUAAAAGCUGUUAUCACGCUGUACGUCGCAGUCCGAAAAUAUCUAGUACCGCAAAUCGAAAUCAGGUAGCAUCGUCAUGACAUAUUAGUUUUUUUUAAUGCGCCGGGGUUACCAUAUGAACGUAUGAUGUUAUGCGCUUUUAUAGUGCGAAUUAAAAUACCGAGGUAAACAGAUUAUUAUAGAAAUAACGUUAACAAUUCUUACUGUACCUUCAACAAAUGGUCAAAACGUCCACCGUUAAUAUCGGGUUUCAUUUAAAUGACUAAACACUACUAGUACGCUUGCGUGAUGAAAGCAAUGUUAAGAAAUGCUAGUACAUUUAGGUUUAUCAGUAACUGUCAGGAAACUAGCUACUUUUAUGAAAAAUCAUCAAUUCACAUAACCAAUUUUUAGGUAAUUCCAUGCACUUAUCGGUUACAAUUUGGGGCAAAUAUACUUUUUGGAUUCGAUUUGUAUUGUCUGUAAACAUGACUGUAAAGAUUCAUACUUGUCGCACCUUUAGCCUUUCAACGCUUUUAGCGCAUUCAUUUGUUUUAAGGACAGGGAAUUAUAUCAUACUUACAUUUUCAAGACAUCCUAUUCCUGCACAGAUAUUCUAAUUGAAUAGCCACAGACAAACAAGAACUAGCUCUGCUCAUAGCUUGUAAUUCAUCACAGACUUGCUUAACACUAAGAACUCAUUUUUUCCUUAGGUUUCAAUGCAUUAUAUAGCUAUUGUUGGUAUAAAUGUUCCUCCUCGUUUGCAUUAUUUUUUUUUACAUUUGACUGACCGAUCCAAGGCUGUACCUAGCAAUCCUUUAUAAGCAUACCUAUUUUUUUAUAUAUAUAGUAUGUAUGCACUGUGCUGCUUGUGGAGUUUUGUGCUGUUCUUCCAUGUUUCUUGUUUGUGAUUUUAUGUUCUAUGUCUUUGGCGUUUACCCAGUGCCAUAACACCGGGUUUAUGUUUAAUCUUUUUGCUACAGAGCUUGUUUGUGUAUUUUUUUCGCAUAAAUAUUGGUCUUCAUACUAUGUCUCAUAAUAUGUUUACUGUUCCUUAUUUGACCGCACUUAUCUUCAUU